AUGGUCUUCUGCAUCUUCCUGACGACGCCGCUGGCCUUGCUGCUCCUCUUCCAGGGUGCGGCCAGUUUCAUAGAGGCCAGCGACGUACAAUGCUCGGCCAACGACCGGCUUUUGAUUCUAUGCUGCAUGCUCUUACAACUCUGCUGGCCUGUUUGCAUGCCGCAAUUCAACCUCAUGCUCUUUGCGUGGGUCCUUAGCGCUGUGCCAGUGGUGCACAAGUUUGGUGCCUGUGAGCCUGCGCGGCAUUUCCUCUUGCAAGCUUCCAUGCUGCUCCUCGCGGAGUUUAUGCUGGUGCUUGUCGCAGCAGUUGCUGCUGUGGCUGUACGGCCUUUGCUGGAGCGCCUCCGUGAAGCCCUGAGCACCACGGGCACGGAUCCCGAGGUACUGAAGCUCAUUGAGGAGGUGGCCCCAGGAGAUGCACCGGCAGACGAGGAUUGUGUGAUAUGCCUGGGUGGCACUUCUGGCGAGGCCAAGUGGCUCCAGUUGAAGUGUGGGCACAGGUUUCAUCACGAGUGUCUCAUGUCCUGGCUGAAGAAGGCAUUUCGCUGCCCUGUUUGCCGGCUGGAUGUGAAUUCCGCAUACCAGUCGGCGCUGAUCGCAGCGAUCCCGUCUUCGUCACGGCCCAGCCCCUGA